AUGGCCGAAGACAGCAUAGAUGAUGUUAUACGGACCACAAAUAGGGCAAGACCAAGCCUUCUUGCGCGGCCCAGUAUCACGGAGGGCGACUUUGCGAACGUUGUCGGGCGCCCGAGUAUUGCGAAUGCAAUCCAAGGAUCGCUCCGCGACAUCAAUGGAGCUCUGGAUGAGCUCACUGUUACCCCUGGCAGUGGCAGUGGCAGUGCUGGCCGCAGGAAGAAGUCGGGUUGGAGACCAAGUUUGAAGAAACAAAUUUCGAACAAACUUGGAAUCGUAAGUAUGGAUGAAAUGGAUGGGAUCGGAGAAGAUGAUGUUUAUGACCGUUCCCAACGGUAUGGUGACGACGACGAUAACUCUGAUUUGGAUUUGGAUGGCGCAUCCUUAGGACUCUUGCAAAAGGAACUAGAUGGUGCUAUGAGUGAGUAUACCGGUAGUCAAGGUGCUACCUCCAAAGAUGAUUCUUCCGAUCCUUCGGUAAUCGAAGGUGAAUUUGACAAUGGUUUUGAAAACUAUAGUGUUGAAGACGAAGACGACUACGAACUUCCGGAGGCCAACGAUCCAAAUAACUUUAUUGAUGUCGGUGACAAACCGGCAGGCGAUGGAUCCGAAAAGAACAAAAAGCAAGGGGCUGCAGCUCCCUCAGAGUCUGAACCUUCAGCAGUGAGAAAUAGUAUUCCCGGAGAGAUUAGCAUCGACACCAGUCCUAGCGUGCCAACACUUAAAUCCGCCCAAGAACCCUUGAAGGAAACAGAAAAAGAAAAUACCAAAAACGGUAGCAAACCAAAGAUGGAGGAAAAGAAUGUGUCUGAUCAAGAAUAUGAGCUUGGGAUGCAGCAGGUCAAGUAUCGUGCCUUGCAAGAAAAGAUGGCCACAUCUCAAGCCCAGAGUGAACGAAUGCUGACUGAGCAAUCGGAAGAACUCGAAACCGAAAAGAAGGCCAAGUCCCUGGUGGAACUUCAACUCUUGAAGUUACAGCAAGACUAUGACAGAUUGAGCAAGGAAAAAGAGGAGCUAUACAAAGUCAACAAGGUACAACAAAAGGCAAUCCUUAGUUUGAUGUCAAAGCUCAAUACCAAGACGAAACGGUGGCUAUGA